UCGGAUCCAUCUCCGGGACUGCUGCUUCUGGGAACAGAUCUGCGUGGGAGGGAGUAUAUCUUGCUGGGUUGCGCCUGUGUUUUCUGAAUUACAGAGCAAGAUCAACGACUCGGAGAUUGACACUAGAGACAAAUUGACGAACCGACUGUCUGACUACCUGCCUACCCAUUCGCCCGCAACUCCUACCACAGCCCAUCACCAUGCCUCGCUUCGAUGACGCCGACUUUGGCGUCGAGGCCGUUCCUCAACUCCACGUCAAUGAGGCCAACGCUCCCACCAAGCCAACAGGCUCGGUCAACAACAUCGAGAUCCCCGCCACGCGCAACCCCGUCAGCGAUGCCUCCGCCCUAAUGCACCAUCUCAGCCUGUCGCCCUCGAUGAAGGAGCGACGCGGCUCGCGCAACUCCAUCGGGACAUCGCUGCCCAUCCCGCGCUCCCCACGGCCCUCGCGCCUCUCUUCAACCACCAAGCCGCGCAUAGACGCGCGCAGCAUCCUCGCCGCCCAAGUGCAAGGCAUGUCAACGGAGAAAGUCGCCGCCGUCAAAAACAUGGCCUUCGCAUUCGACAUCGACGGUGUCCUCGCGCACGGCAACGAAGCCAUCGAAGAAGCCAAAGUGGCCCUGAAGAUCCUCAACGGCGACAACGAGCUCGGCAUCACCUUCCCGUACAUCCUCCUCACCAACGGCGGUGGCAAGACCGAAGAAGCCCGCUGCGCCCAGCUCACCUCCGUCCUCGGCCACGAGGUCCCCACCGCCCAGUUCAUCCAGUCCCACACCCCCAUGCAAGCCCUCGCCGAGUACUACGACACCGUGCUUGUCUGCGGCGGUGAAGGCUUCCAAGCGCGCGAAGCCGCCGAAGCCUACGGCUUCAAGAACGUCGUCCACCCGAAGGAUGUCCUCGCAUGGGACCCGACCAUCUCCCCCUGCAGGGUGUUCACAGACGAAGACCGCGCAGGCGCCCGCCCGCGCGACUUCUCGCAGAUCAAGUUCGACGCUAUCCUCUGCUUUGCUGAAACCCGCGAUAGCAUGACAGACUGCCAGAUCAUCGCCGACCUGCUCCUCUCGGAAGACGGGCAGCUGCUGACGCAGGCGGCCGACCCCUCCAACCACAUCCCCAUCUACUUCUCGCAGGGCGACCUCCUGUGCCCGACAGAGCACAAGGGACCCCCGCGACUCAACCUCGGAGCGUUCCGCAUCGCCGUCGAAGCGCAGUAUAAGGCGCUGACGGGGCUGGAUCUUGAGCGAGUCGUGUACGGCAAGCCCGAGCGGGCGACGUAUGUCUGUGCGGAUGAAGUCCUCCGUUCAUGGAUGCAGGAGAUCCACAACGAGAAGCGGCUGCCGCAGAAUAUUUAUAUGGUCGGGGAUAAUCCCCAGAGUGAUAUCAUUGGCGGGAACCUCUACGGGUGGAAUACGUGCCUGGUGCGGACGGGCGUGUUCCAGGGGCCGAAGGGGUCGAAUGAUCCUCAUAAUCCGGCGAAUUUUGGCGUCUUUGAUAACGUGUUGGAGGUGGUAAAGGCUGUUAUAAGCAAGGAGUUGGGGUCGGAUUUCAAGCUCAGUUGGAAUCCGAAUGUGAAUCCUGUGACGCAGGAGGAUCAGUUCUCGGCGAUUGAGUAGAUUUCUCUCUUUUUUAUUUCUUCUUGCUAUAGAUUUUUUCUUUUCCCUUUUCUCUUCCUGUUUGGAUUUGAUGGUUAUUUUGUGUCACGCUUAUGAGUAUGAAUAUCCCCUCGAGGGGAUUAGAGAAUGGAUCACGCUAUCAAACCCAUCUUUAUACUACUCAACUCGGAGGAUCUAGUUAGGGUUACCACCACCACGUGGCCACAACAUCAAUCAAUUCAUUCAUUGUGAGCAGUAAAUCUGUCUCUGUCUGACAGUGAAUAUAUUAAAA